ACAUUAAAUCGCGCAGUGGCAACACUAAUCGCAGCUGAUGAAGGACGUCGCUCUGUGUCGGUCGUUCUGCGAAAAAUCAAACAAACCACCAUAUUUGUUUCGUACUGCGCCACCAAGGCUCAGUGUGGAUUGUGUGUGAGGUGCCGGCGCGAUCGCCGUACUCGUGCACUGUGGCGAAAGUAACUCCGUACCCGAACAUGAGUUAUUCCGGCAGGAAUAAGUUCGAGAUAUCUCGCUUCUCGAAUGAGGAUGAGAACCACAUCAACAAGAAGCUGCCUAAGGAGCUCCUGCUGCGCAUCCUGUCUUACCUGGACGUGGUGUCGCUGUGCCGCUGCGCGCAGGUAUCAAAACUAUGGAAUAUUCUGGCGCUGGAUGGGUCCAACUGGCAACGGAUAGACCUGUUCGAGUUCCAGAGAGAUGUCGAGGGCCCGGUGAUCGAGAACAUAUCGCAGCGAUGCGGCGGGUUCCUGCGGCAGCUGUCGCUCCGCGGCUGCGAGAGUAUCGGGGACGGGUCCGUGAAGACGCUGGCCCAGGCCUGCCCCAACAUCGAGGACCUCAACCUCAACAAGUGCAAGAAGAUCACCGACCAGACCUGCCAGGCGCUUGGCCGCCGCUGCAACAAGCUGCAGAAAAUAAACCUGGACUCGUGUCCCAGCAUCACGGAUAUAUCUCUGAAGGCGUUGUCUGACGGCUGUCCCAUGCUGACGCACGUGAACGUGUCGUGGUGCCAGUCCAUCAGCGAGAACGGCGUGGAGGCGCUCGCGCGCGGCUGUCCCAAGCUCAGGAGCUUCAUAUGCAGAGGCUGUAAGAACGUGAACGACCGCGCGGUGUCGUGCCUCGCGACGUACUGCCCCGACCUCGAGGUGCUCAACGUGCAGGGCUGCGACUCGGUGACGGACGACUCCAUCUCGAAGCUGGGUGGGUCGCUGCGGCGCCUGUGUGCGUCGGGCUGCUCGCGGCUGACGGACGCGUCGCUCGCGGCGCUGGCGGCGCGCUGCCCCGAGCUCGCCACGCUCGAGCUGGCGCAGUGCGCGCAGCUCACCGACGCGGGCUUCCAGGCGCUCGCCAGGAGUUGCCGCAUGCUGGAGCGGAUGGACCUGGAGGAGUGCGUACUCAUCACGGACGCGACGCUCGUGCACCUCUCCAUGGGCUGCCCCAGGCUCGAGAAACUGACGCUGUCGCACUGCGAGCUCAUCACCGACUACGGCAUCAAGCAGCUCUCCAUGUCGCCCUGCGCCGCCGAACACCUCACCGUACUCGGUCUGGACAACUGUCCGCUGGUGACGGACGGCGCGCUGGAGCACCUCAUCUCGUGUCACAACCUGCAGCUCAUCGAGCUGUACGACUGCCAGAUGGUCACCAGGAACGCCAUCCGGAAACUCAGGAACCACCUGCCGAACAUCAAGGUGCACGCGUACUUCGCGCCGGUGACGCCGCCGGCGGCGGGCGCGGGCGCGCGGCCGCGCUACUGCCGCUGCUGCAACAUCAUCUGAGCCGCCGUCACAGCCGCAGGCACGAGCCUCGGAGCCGCGCGCCGGUCAUGAUGGUGUCUGUAACGUGCGAGCUCUGGCGAGAGUUGCAUUUUCCGUCUGAGAGUGAGUCGAACGGUACAUUUGGCCGCGACGCGUCCGCGCGUCGGUCGGACCACGUGUGAUAUACCAAAA